CUGAGUCUGGAGGGCCCCGCCGGGGGCGUUCCUACCACUUCCUCCUCUCCCCCCUCACAGCUCACGGCUGCGCUUGCAAGGGUAGUUCUUGAGCUGAGCUUUCAGAUCACAUUUUGCUGAAAAACUGUAAGCUAUGUCCUCUAUCUAUUCAUACGCCUGGGACACUUUCUUUUACCUUCUCCAUGCAGCCUGCAACGUGGCAGCUCUAAAAAGGGAAACAAAGAAUGCAAGAGUGCCUGCGACCCCGGGAGACACAGGCCAUGGCCAUUCCUCCUGCCCAGGGGGCAGCGGGGUGGAGGAAGCAGAAUAUGAUGACCUCUUUCUCCCGGAGAAUCCCGAGGAAGGGCCGUCUCAGGAUCCUACACAAGGUGGGUCAGGAGGGCUGAGGGAGGAUGAAGGGACCCCGCAGAGGCUGAGGCUCCUCCUGGUGGGAAAACCCGGAAGCGGGAAAAGCGCAACAGGAAACAGCAUCCUCGGCCGGAGAGUGUUCGAGUCCAAGGUCAGCGCUCGGCCCGUGACCAGGGCCUUCCAGCGCGGGCGCCGAGCGUGGGCGGGGAAGGAGCUCGAGGUCAUCGACACCCCCGACAUCCUGUCCCUGGGGGCAGCGCCGCUCGGGGCCGCUCGGGGCGUCCGCGAAGCCCUCGCCUGCUCCUGGCCGGGGCCCCACGCGGUGCUGCUGGUGACGCAGCUGGGCCGCUUCACCGAGGAAGAUGAGGCGGCGGUCAGGCGCCUCCAGGAGCUCUUCGGGGAGGGCAUCCUGGCCCGCACCAUCCUGGUGUUCACGCGGAAGGAAGACCUGGACGGCGGCUCCCUGGAAGAGUACCUGCGCGAGACGGACAACCGGGCACUGGCCAGGCUGGACGUCGUCUGUGAGCGGCGACACUGCGGCUUCAACAACAAGGCGCAGGGGGCGGAGCGGGAGGCGCAGCUGCGGGAGCUCAUGCAACAAGUCGAAGGCGUCCUGUGGGAGCACGAAGGCCGCUGUUACAGCCCCCGGGCGCACCCCGACUCCCGGCGCCACGCUCUGCUCCAGCGAGAGCAGGAGGGCCCCGAGGCGGGGCUCAGCCACGAGUCCCGGCGACGGGGACUGUGUCUCAUCCAGCAGGAGUCUGCGCACGCCGACACACAGCUCGUGGAGGGGCCGCCCUUCUGA